UCUUCUUCUCCUCUCUCACUGAUGUAAUCUAUAUAUCAUUACCCCUUGUGGAUGAAUACAAGCGUGAUGCAUCCCAACCUCAUCUCAAUUCUUAACAUGGUAUCAGUUUGAUCCACCCCACGCUUCCGCCAUGGCCACCGAGGUCUACGCAGCCGCCGCCGCCGCGGCUGCCGCCGCCGCCGCCGCCGCGCCUCCUCUCCGGCUACCUCCCCUACUCCCUCUCCUCCCACUUCAUCUCCCCUGCCAACCACCAACCUCCCUCCCGAAACCCCAUCUCUGAGUGUCACUUCCGUGCCUCUCCCUCUCCAGACGGCGCCGCCACCGGCCUUCUAUCCGACGCCCGCGUAUGUGCACUCCAUGCGCAUCGAGGGCGCUCACAUCAAUCUCCCCGUCCGCCUCGCCAUGAACGGCGCCAACUACAUUGUCUGGCGGGGGAUGAUGCUGGACGUCAUCGAUCAGUAUGACGUCGCCUCUUGGAUCGCGCCGGACUUCGCCGACCACGCCGGCGACGCGAGCUAGAACAUCGUCAACAAGGCGGUGAAGCGGUGGUUCCUCGGCGCUAUGGUGACGGAGCUUGCCGCCUUCAUGCUCGACCGGGAAGCCACCGCCGCCCAGACCUGGGCCUCCGUCGAGGCUCUCUUCGUCAACAACCGUCGGGCGCGACGGUUCCAGCUCCAGACGGAGCUCUCUAAAACUCGUCAAGGGGACUCCUCCGUUUCCAUCUUCUGCGCUCGCCUCAAGUCCAUCUCCGACCAGCUGCGCGACGCCGGCAAGAUCCUGGAUGAUGACGAGUUGGUCAUCCAACUUCUACGCGGCAUCAACAAAGAUCGUCAUCAGACUACUGCCAAAAUUAUAGAGAAGUCCCCAACUCCCAUCCCUUUUGAUGUUGCCGUCGGCAUGCUUCUGCACGACGAGAUCGGCAACAACUUCGCCGGCUCCACCCAUCACACGGCCCUCACUGUCCUGCCGAGGGGUCCGUCGCCCGCGCCCUCGAUUGGGGCCUCCGGCGGCCAGGCUUGGCCGCCCGCUGCUGGUCUCGGCGGCAGCAAAGCCUCCUCUCCCUCACCCAACCAGGGACACAACAAACGCCGCCGCUACACCAACAAUGGCGGGUAUCAGGGGGCCGCGGCUACACCGCCGUGGACGGGGCAUGUCUACGCCUACCCGAUGGCACUGCCACCUCAACCUCGUCCGGCGCCCGGGAUCCUCGGUCCGCGGCCGCCGCACGCCUACGACGCCUUCGGCGGCCACCUCCAGCAGCCGUCUCCGAUGGGCUACCCUCCACUGCAGCAGUACCUGCCGGCGGCGCCUCCUCCUUAUCAGCAGUUCCUGUCGGCGCCACAUCUUCCGCAGCAGUACCAGGCGCAGCAGCACCAGUCGCAGCCGUACUUCCACCCGCCCGCGGCCGCCAUCUCCAACGCCGUCGACCACUCCGCCUUGAUGAGCGCUCUGCACAACCUGUCAAUCCAGACGCCCAGCGGUGGCUGGGUUGCGGACUCCGGCGCCUCCUCUCAUCUAGCGGCUGAUCCCGGACUAUCCAACCAAGGUGGAGCUUCUUCGAUGCAACAGUGACGGCGAACUGUAUGACAUCUUCCCUCUGGCCACCUCGUCGUCAUCGUCCCCCACCGCCCUCGCAGUCAUCGUCUCCCGCCUCACCGACCUUUGGCACCGGCGUUUGGGCCACCCCGGCGAUGCUACUUUUCGUUUAAAUAAAACUUUAGAACAUUGUAAUAAACCUAUUUCAGAUGGGCGCUUGUGUGAUGCUUGUCAGACUGGAAAGCAUGUCCGCCUCCCUUUUACUUCCUCCACUAGUCGAACUGCUGCACCAUUUGAUCUUAUACAUUGCGAUGUUUGGACUGCUCCUUUGUCUAGCGCCUCUGGCAGCAAGUAUUAUCUCCUACUUAUUGAUGAUUUUUCAUGCUA